UAAACACAAAAAGAAAAAAGAAAAAGAAAAAAUUUCCCUGUUUUAUUCCGACAAGAAUAACAAUAAAAUCCUAGUACACCUCGUUCUCUUCCGACUUAUCCCAAACGCCCCGCGGUUUCCGCUUUGAAUUAUGCUCCUCUCUAUUCGCCCUUCUCUAUUCGCUAUUCUCCUGCCCCUCCUCCUUUCCCGCCACCUUCCAACCGCCGCCUCACGACCCGCCCCACCAUCCGACACGUGGCGCUCUUCCGAUCGCUUCAUGGACGCGGAGCGCGGGACCCACGUCGCCGGUUUAUCCGACCUGAAGCGCUACUUCUCCCGGUUCGGCUACCUCCCCGAACCCGACCCCGACGCGAACCCGACCGACGCGUUCGACGAUCGGCUCGAGACGGCGGUCUCGCUCUACCAAACCCGGCUCGGCCUCCGGGUCACCGGGAAGCUCGACGCUGCCACCCUCGCCGAGAUCACGACACCGCGAUGCGGCGUCCCCGACAACGCCACCUUGGCCCCGAGCCGGGCCCACUCGGUCGGCCGGUUCGCGUUCUUCCCGGGCGAGCCGCGGUGGGCCCGGUCCGGUCCAAUUGUGUUAACCUAUGCUGUCUCUCCAACUGCCACUAUACACUACUUGCCGCGCGGAACGGUGGAAGCAGUUUUCGACCUCGCGUUCGCUCGGUGGGCACAGGCGAUCCCCGUGCAAUUCACAAAAACCGCGAACUACGAAUCGGCGGAUGUUAAGAUAGGCUUUUAUUCGGGCGAUCACGGCGAUGGGGAGCCCUUCGACGGAGUGUUGGGCGUGCUGGCGCAUGCGUUCUCGCCCGAGAGCGGGCGCCUCCACCUCGACGCUGCGGAGACGUGGGCGGUGGACUUCAGAAGAGAGCGGUCGGCGGUGGCCGUGGAUUUGGAAUCGGUAGCGACGCACGAGAUCGGGCACGUGCUCGGGCUCGCUCACUCGGCGGUGAAAAACUCGGUUAUGUACCCAAGCCUGAGUCCGAGGACGAAGAAGGCGGAUUUAAGGGCCGACGACGUCGAAGGGGUGCAGGCGCUUUACGGGUCCAAUCCGGAUUUUAGUUUCAGCUCGCUCAUCGAGUCCGACACUACGGACUCCGGCUCGGCGGCUGCUAGGAGAGGUGGUGGAGUGAGAAGUAGUUGUAUGGGAUUUUUGCUUGUGUUGGUGCUAGUUAUUGUGAUUUAGUUUUAUUUUUUUAAUUUAUUUUUUAUCUAUUCGGAGAAAAUGAAAAGAUAUUCUAUGAACUUCUCUUUUAUUUUUAAAAUUUUAUUUUUUAAGAAAUCGGAUAGAAAAUGAUGUAAGAAUUAUGUAAAUUUGUAAUGUAAGGAAUUGAGGGAGAUGGAGUUUGCGGUGUAACCGCUCCUUCAAAUAUUGUAAAUGUAGUUUUUUUUUGUUUUCACCAUAAUUAAGUAGUGCAUGCGCUUUAUUUUUCUA